UGCGAGGCAGCUGAGAAACUAACAAGCAAGCGUAGUUAGAAUAAGCAAGUUUUAAGAAUUGCAGAAGAGGUAGAGGGAUAUCUAAACGAUAAAAAGUAAUUCAGAGGCAUCACUCAAAAACAUUUAAAACCUUACAAUGGCAGAGAAAUGGGGGGAAGCUGUUUUUGCAGCCAGGCGGCGAGGUGAUGAAACAACACGGGAAACAGUCUUCGUUUACACCAACAGCAAUAACACCAGAGAUCCAUUUGAGGGACCCAACUACCACAUUGCGCCAAGAUGGGCGUACAAUGCUGCAACAUUAUGGAUGUUUUUUGUGGUUGUUGCCUCAACCUUCACUAAUGGCCUGGUACUGGUAGCCACAGCCAAAUUCAAGAAGCUUCGUCACCCUCUAAACUGGAUCUUGGUCAACCUUGCAGUAGCUGAUCUUUUAGAGACACUGUUGGCCAGCACUGUUAGUGUCUGGAAUCAAGCAUUCGGCUACUUCGUUCUUGGACACCCGCUGUGCAUUUUUGAGGGUUUCACCGUUGCCUGCUGUGGUAUCACUGGUUUGUGGUCUCUGAGUGUCAUAUCAUUUGAGAGAUGGGUGGUGGUGUGCAAACCUUUUGGAAAUGUAAAAUUUGAUGGUAAAUGGGCAGGUGGUGGCAUUAUCUUUACUUGGGUCUGGUCUGCAUUUUGGACUUCACUUCCUAUCUUUGGUUGGAGCAGGUAUUGGCCUCAUGGCCUGAAGACCUCUUGUGGCCCAGAUGUAUUCAGUGGAAGUGAAGACCCUGGAGUCCAGUCUUACAUGAUUGCACUUAUGAUCACCUGCUGCAUUAUCCCCCUAGGCAUUAUUAUUCUCUGCUACCUUGCUGUGUGGAUGGCCAUCCGUGCUGUUGCAGCACAACAGAAGGAAUCUGAAUCAACACAAAAGGCUGAAAAGGAAGUCACCAGAAUGAUUUUUGUCAUGAUUGCUGCUUAUGUAUUCUGCUGGGGACCAUACACGUUCUUUGCCUGCUUUGCAGCUGCUAACCCUGGUUAUGCCUUUCACCCACUGGCAGCAGCCAUGCCUGCAUACUUUGCAAAGAGUGCCACCAUCUACAAUCCAAUUAUUUAUGUCUUUAUGAACCGACAGUUCCGUUCAUGCAUCAUGCAGCUCUUUGGAAAGAAGGUUGAUGAUGGUUCCGAAGUAUCUUCUACCUCCAAAACAGAAGUUUCCUCUGUGGCACCUGCAUAAAUAUCUUCUGACGUGUGGCAAAUUAAAAAGAUUACAGAACAUCUUGCUUUCUUCACUUUUUGUUGCAAAGUAAUACUCAAAUGUCUGAAAUAUUUAAGAAUAUGGUAUCAAACUCCAUAUUGUAUUAAUGUAUUUUGUAAAAUGUCCAGAAAAUUUGGUUGGAGUGAAAACGUGAACUGAAAUAAAUUUUAUCCAGUAAGACAUGUAAAUCAAGCUGUAUAUUAAAUUAGAAUAUUAUGCAUGUGGUUGAAGCAAGCCCUGAUGAUCAUUUGUAAUUGCAGUUGUACUGUGUUACUUAAUAUAAAAAUGUAUUGUUAUUUUAUUUGUGUGAUUGUCACAACAUUUUAUAAGUUAUGUAGGUUUGAAAAUGACUAAAAACAAAACAAAAAGAGAAUAUACACUUUUUAUGUAAAGCUGAUUUAUGUCUAAAAUAAAUAUGCAGCAGAUGGCUAUACUAA